AUGGCGACGCUCCUCAAGCGCAAACGCUCCGCCGGCGAGCUCUGCCCUCCCGCCGACAACUCUAUGAUGGUCCUCGACGCACCGGCCCUGCACAGCCGCACCCUCAAGCGCUAUCGCGACAACAGGCCGUCGGACGAGGAGGUCCAUCAGCACACCCUGGACCUGCUGUACUCGGCACAGCAGCGGCCGCAGGGCCAGCAGCAGCCUCAAGACCCCGUCGUCGAGCAGCAGCCGGCUGCGAACGCGAACGCGAACUCGAACGGCCAGCAGCAGCAGUCGCUGCAUCGCUUCUGGGACAUUGGCUCCGAGCCCAGCUCCGGCACCUCCUCGCCCGGCAUCGCCAAUCCUCUCGCGCCGCCCACCAAUUGCGACGACUGCGGCGCUGCCCUGGCCGGUAGCGACGACGACGGCAUGGACGUGGACGGCGGCUCUAUGCAGGACACGGACACGGCGUGCGGCGCGUGCGGCAAGCACGUCUGCUUCAGCUGCUCGGUGAGCAACCUCGGCGAGCAGAAACGCUGCCUUCAGUGCGCCGGCCGAAGGGUCUGGAUCGGCGGCAUUGGCUGGACUAAUGCCGGCGUCUCGGUUUGUUAA